AUGGGGAAGCCUGAGAAAAGAAAUGAUAGUGGACACAAGCAGUUCAGGUGUUCUACUCAGGUCAUAAUUGCAGACAGUACACAAGACAGUCAAUCUCGCCUUCCCUCUUCAAUUACAAACUUCUCGUUCAACCAAAAGGAAAAGACUCUUGAUGACCUGAUACAAGAUCGUUGGCUGUCAUAUACAUCCCCGGGCAACAUUGGUCUUGGCAUUAGAUCAUUUCUUGAUCUUCGAAGCUGGUUUCGCAGUAAUGAUAUCCCAUCAUGCGAGGUUUGCAAUGAAGCUGGUAUAAAGGCAUCAACUUGUCCUAACGAGGGGUGCAAUGUAAGAAUCCAUAGCUAUUGUCUUAAGAAGAAAUUUUCACAACGCAAGGCUUCGAGAGCUUGUCCUGGUUGUUCUACAGAAUGGCCUCGGCAGGAAGACGAAGACGAUGACGAUGAGGAUACAAAUGAACCUGAGGAAGGCCAGGAGGCCCCAUCAGCCCCACAUGCUGUUCGUUCUUCAAGGAAGAGACGCAAAGGAGUCAAAGCUGAGCUGGUUGAAGAAGCUGAACGCGCAGGCCUGUCAUCCGCGAUGCCUAGGAGAAGUUCGAGGCGUGCCAAGGCUGAGGUUGCCCAGGAGGCAUCAUCAUCCGCAGUAGCUUCUCAGCCAACCAGGUCUUCCAGGAGAAGGAAGAAUUGAUGAGAUUGGUCUUCUCUUGCUUGCGAGGUCAACGAUGCAAUGCUGCUUUUGUGAUGUACAUACCAUAGCCAGUAUCUACUAGGGAAAUGCCUAAUUUGCACUUUCGUUCUGCACCACAUGUCUGGGCCUUGAGAUUGGUGAUGGCCUGUAUUCAAAAUGUAUUAGUCAUAUAAAAUUAUGUAUAUGCACUGAGGGCAGUGAGGCCCAGGCGCCCAGCA